AUGAGAAUAGAAACAUUCAAUACACAUUUUCUCCUUUUCAUACUUUCUAUUAGCGAGGCUCAACCCAUCUCCCUUUCAAUGACCCAAAACGACAACACAUACACAUCCAUCUUCAACAACUACGACAUGUUACUGAUAUUCUUCGCCAUCAUCUUCAUCACCGUAGAAAGAAAGCGAUCACCGGACUAUGCUCGAGGAAUCAAAGUCUCAAAUCGACCGUUCUCGUGGCAAUGGGGUCUGUCUUCUAACAACGCAAUGGAGGAUACUAACAUCAUUAAGAAUUAUACCCAUCGUUAA